ACGAUGCAGGGGCUGCUCUGCGCCUCUCUGCUCCUCACGGGGCUGGCACGGUUCUGCAGGGCACAGGGCGCUGGGCCAGCAGACACGGCGCCAGACGGCAGGCCUGGAAAAGCAUCAGAGGAGUAUCAGCGGAGAGAGUUCUGUCACUGGCCAUGCAAAUGUCCGCCUCAGAAGCCCAGUUGCCCUCUCGGAGUGAGCUUGGUGAGGGAUGGCUGUGGGUGCUGCCACAUCUGUGCCAAGCAGCCGGGGGCCCUCUGCAACGAAGCUGACCUGUGCGACCCGCACAAGGGGCUGUACUGUGACUACUCUGCAGACAGGCCUAGGUACGAGACCGGAGUGUGUGCAUACCUUGUAGCUGUGGGAUGUGAGUUUAACAGGGUCCAUUAUCAUAAUGGCCAAGUGUUUCAGCCCAACCCCCUGUUUAGCUGCCUCUGUGUGAGCGGGGCCAUCGGGUGUACACCGCUGUUCAUCCCACGGCUGGCUGACCGUCUCUGCUCUGGAGCCACAGGUCGAAAGAAGUCUGAUCAACCCAACUGUGGCCUGGGACCGUUACAACAGCAGCUGUCAGCAAGCUACAAAACCAUGUCAGCUUAUAGGAACCUCCCACUUAUUUGGAAAAGAAAAUGUCUUGUGCAAGCAACAAAGUGGACUCCUUGCUCCAGAACAUGUGGGAUGGGAAUAUCUAAUAGAGUAACCAAUGAAAACAGCAACUGUGAAAUGAGAAAAGAGAGAAGAUUGUGCUAUAUUCAGCCUUGUGACAGGAACAUAUCACAAACAGUAAAGAUUCCCAAAGGAAAAACAUGUCAACCUACAUUCCAACUCUCCAAAGCUGAAAAAUUUGUUUUUUCUGGAUGCUCUAGCACAAAGAGUUACAAACCCAUUUUUUGUGGAAUAUGCGUGGAUAAGAGGUGCUGCAUCCCUAAUAAGUCUAAAAUGAUUACAAUUCAAUUUGAGUGCCCAAAUGAAGGGUCAUUUAAGUGGAAGAUGCUGUGGAUUACAUCUUGUGUGUGUCAGAGGAACUGCAGAGAACCUGGAGAUGUAUUUUCUGAGCUCAAGAUUCUGUAGAAGUAUAAAAGGAGGAAAACUUAGGGUAGUCAAUCAUGUCAUACAGUAAAAGAAUUAGAAU